AUGAGUACACUGGAUUUCGUUAUAAAACAGGAAGAAGAAAUUGAGCAGCAUCUACCAAGGAAGAAGGAGCGUGCAGAACUCCCUCAAAAAGUAUCAAAAGAAGCGAAUCUCCAAUUGAGGAAACGCUCUCCAUUCUGUUUUUACUGUGACAGCAAGGAACACUGGUCUAUAGGAUGUACCAAAAUCACCGCUCCAAAAGCCAGAUUGGAGCAUUUGAAAAAGAAUAACCGCUGCAUAAGAUGUGGAUCUAAAUCACAUGCCCUUUCAGAAUGCAGGAGCAAAGGUUGCAUGAACUGCGGCAAGAAGCAUCAUACUUCCACAUGCUUCAAAACCGAUAGUGGAAAGCAAACAGCUCAACCAAAUCGGAAAAAAGAAGAGAAGCAAAGGUCGUCACAUACACGGCAGAAUUUCAUGAUGUGUGAAGACGACACUGAAUGUUUAUCGGAUACAUCUCCUAGCCUUACAGCUAUGAGGGUGGAGGACACAUCUCAUCAACCUCGAAAUGGAGAAAUAUUUCUUCUGACAGGAAAGAUACAGGCUAUGCACCCAAACACACAGAAGCUGAUUACGUUUCAGAUACUCUUGGACACUGGAGCAGAUCGCAGCUUCAUUGACACGGAACUGGCUCGACAGCUUGACCUGCCUUGCAAUGGUAAAAUCACCAUGAUGUUGCGGACGUUUGGAGCAGAAACCGCAAAGGAGAUCCAAUGCACUGACACGUGUUUGAGUGUAUGGGAUGCUGAAGGGAACCAACACAAGUUACGUGUAUACACUCAUGCCAAUCUUACCAAAAACUUCAACAGAGGAAAGCUCGACGAAAAAGAUCUCCAAUUCAUCCGAAGAAAUCGGAUAAAAUUGAGCCUCCCACAAGAGAGUGGAACUGGAAAAGCGAAGGGAUGCACUCAAAGCGAUUCUUGGAAGCAGAAGGAAAGUACCAGAUAG